AUGGGCGAUGAGGCCGGCCCUUCGGAUCGCGGAGGGCCUUCACAAAGAGCCGCCGGCUUCCUGACGGCCGCCGCCAUGGUGCGGCAACAAAGUGACACGACUACAAACCGGCGCCUCACACGGGAUCGCGCUGUCGACGAAUGCGAGCGGCCACAGACAAGCUACCAACCGGAGCCAAACUCGAUGUCCCCGAUGUUGUGUCGACCGACGCGAACUGUCGGUGUUGUGCAGAAAGGCAAAAGCGACUCAUACAUGCAGCUGAACCAAUACCGGCUAAUGGAGGAGAUUGGCCAGGGUUCAUAUGGCAUCGUAAAGCUGGCGUAUAAUGAGCAAGACAAGAACCUCUACGCCAUGAAGGUGCUCGACAAGAUCAAGUUGCUCAAAAAUUUUGCGUGUUUUCGCCAACCGCCAAAACGGCAACGCUCAUCAACGGCGCAGAUGAAAAACCCCCUCCAGCUCGUUCAGCGCGAAAUAGCAAUAUUAAAGAAGCUGGCGCAUCCAAAUGUGGUCAAAUUGGUUGAGGUGUUGGAUGACCCUAGCGACAAUUACCUUUACAUGGUUUUCGAGUAUGUGGAACGGGGGUCGAUCCUUGAAAUUCCUACAGAACGACCACUGGAUGAAGAUACGGCCUGGAAGUAUUUUCGAGACACCCUCAAAGGGCUGGAAUACCUUCAUUAUCAAAAAAUUGUACAUCGUGACAUUAAACCAUCGAAUCUUCUGUUGAGUGAGACUGGGCAUGUGAAGAUUGCCGACUUUGGAGUGUCGUGCGAAUUCGAAGGAAUCGAUGCUUUCUUGUCUGGUACCGCUGGGACACCGGCAUUUAUGGCUCCAGAAGCACUUACCGAAGGAGCAAACCAUUUCUACAGUGGGAGGGCCCAAGAUGUUUGGUCACUUGGGGUCACACUUUACGCUUUUGUAAUCGGACAGGUACCAUUUUGGGAUCCAUAUGUAAUCGCUCUGCACCGGAAAAUCAAAAACGACCCAGUCAUAUUUCCAGACUUGCCUUUUAUCAGUGAUCUUUUAAAAGAUUUAAUUGUCUGCAUGUUGAAGAAAGAUCCUGGCCUCCGGUUGAUGCUAAAUGAAAUCAAGGUUCACCCUUGGGUGACCCGCUUUAGCACUGUGCCAAUGCAAAAUGAAGCUGAAAAUUGCAAAUUGGUCACAGUUACAGAAGAAGAAAUUGAAAACUGCGUGCGUGUCAUCCCACGGUUGGAUACGCUGAUCCUUGUUAAAGCUAUGGGCCAUCGAAGACGAUUUGGAAACCCAUUCAGACAAAACAGCCUCAAUCAAAGUGCCGGUCACUUCAGAGAACGAAGAAAAUCAAGCUCCGUCAAGGAUGCUAAGUAUGUGCCUGUAGAAAACGGUUAU